AUGUUACAGCUUUCGGUGGCUCAACAUUUGGAGAAGCUCGCGAAAGACAUCAAUCAUGAGCUGUUAUGUGGCGUCCCGUACGCAGCGCUACCACUCGCCGCCGUCAUGUCCAUCAACACAAACACUCCAAUGAUCAUGAAAAGGAAAGAAACCAAAAUGUACGCUACGAAACGAAUCCUAGAAGGAAUCUUCGAGAAAAACCAGAAAUGUCUUGUCGUCGAGGACGUAGUGACAUCUGGUGGCAGCCUCAUGGAAACUGUUAGCACUUUACGUUCCGAAGGCUUGGAAGUCACGCACGCCGUAGUAGUUCUCGACCGCGACCAAGGUGGCGUUAGUGUGUUGAAACAGAACGGUAUUGAAGUAAAAUCAAUUUUCAGUUUGACUGGUUUGCUGAGAAUCUUGAAUGAAGCCGGCAAGAUUAGUGACGAAACUGUUGAUAUUAUUUUAGAACAUAUUAAGGAAUGCCAGUUUAGCAACUUGGAUUUCAUGAAGGAUAACUUAGAGAUUAUGUCACUUUGA